AUGAAGAAUGAGGCAUUUUAUUAAAAUACAUUCAUAGGAGGUAUUCAAAUGAAAAUGAAUUCGAUUCUUAAAAGAGGGGAUAUAUAAACUAAAAGCAAACCGAAGAUCUAUAAUAACACUGGAUUGCCUCCGCUUCUUUCUCCAAGAAUAAAAAUUGAUCCCUCCAUGACAACAAAAAUUACAUAGACCUUUCGAUCACCUUCGACUUUGAAAAAGUUGUCCAUUGAGAAGAAAGAGGAUAAUAGACCAGUUACUGACAAUACUCAAAAACAGAAAAGCUACUCGUCUGUGAAAAAAUCAAAAGUUCAAGGGAUGAUAAUUCGCAAACUCUAAAAUCAUCAAGUCAAAUUUAUCAAAUCCAAUACAGAAUCACAAGAGAUGAUAGAAAAUAAGUUUUAAAGUCCAGCAAUUAGAAUGAUUGAGUUUCCUAUCAAUGACUUUCAGGAUGAUACAAUCAUAAAGGAAGAGACUGUAUCCCAAAUCGAAUCAUUUAUGGAAAAUAGAUUUACUGCAAUGAAGAAUCAAUCCUUCUCUAGUUCUUAAAAACAAGCAAUAGAAUCUAGUAGUUCAAAUAAAAUUGUUAAUGAUUCAUCUACAUAUUCAUAAUUCAAUUUUUCUACUUAAAAUCCCAGCUUUACUGAAGGUGAUAUGAUAGGUGCAGGAUCCUUUGGAUAAGUGUACAUAGCAUAGGAAAAUAAAACAGGCAAAAUCUAUGCGGUUAAGAAAAUUAAUCUAAAGGGAGAUUUUGAAUAGGAGGACUUGUAGGGAUUGAAAAGCGAAAUCGAUUUAUUGAAGAGAAUUAAACAUAAAAAUAUUAUUAGAUAUGCUUGGAGCCAAUAGAAUGAAGAGUACUGGUUACUCUAUUUGGAGUAUAUGUCCUAAGGAACUUUAACCUAAUUGACUGAAAAAUUUGGUCCUUUGAAUAUUAACACAGUUCGUACAUAUUCCGAAUAAUUGUUAUCAGCCAUAGCCUAUCUACAUGAUAAUAAUAUAAUUCAUAGAGACAUAAAAGGUGCCAACGUUUUAUUAGGAGUGAAUGGAGAGGUGAAGCUAGGAGACUUUGGGUGUAGUAAAAUCAAAGAGAAAACCAUAUCGAGAUCUAAGCAAGGAGGGGACAUAUUGCAUUCUUUAAAGGGGAGCAUUCCGUAUAUGGCUCCUGAAGUGGCUAGUUAGGAUGAAAAUUGCAGAGCAAGUGACAUUUGGUCAUUUGGUUGCACGGUUCUUGAGAUGGCAACAGGGAAGAAACCUUGGCAUGAACACAAUUUCGAUAAUCCAUUGAGUGCUUUACUCUUAAUAAUUUCUGAGAAUGCUCUUCCAAGGAUACCUGAGGAUUUAGAUGAAGUUUUAAGUUAAUUUAUUAGAUUAUGUUUAUAAAGGGAUCAUUUAUUAAGACCUACUGCUUAGGAACUACUUUAGCAUUAAUUCAUAAUUAAAAAAUGA